AUGCCAAUCAAUAGCUGGGGAUAUGGGAACGAAAACGGUCCAUCUGUAUGGCACAAACAUUUCCCUGUUGCUCUGGGGAACCGGCAGUCUCCCAUUGAUAUCAUGCCUCAUCAAGCUUCAUAUGACCCCAGCCUACAGCCCAUUCACCUCAACUAUGAUCACUGUUCCUCCAUUCAGAUCUCCAACAAUGGGCAUUCUGUUGUGGUUGACUUUGAAGACUCGGAUGACCGCUCAGUGGUUCAGGGAGGCCCUUUGCACAACCCAUACCGACUGAAACAGUUUCACUUCCACUGGGGUGCAAAGAGCUGUAAUGGCUCUGAGCACACUGUUGGAGGCCACAGCUUUGCUUCAGAGCUUCAUUUGGUUCAUUGGAAUGCAGUCAAGUACAGAACAUUUGGGGAGGCAGCAGAAGCUCCUGAUGGACUUGCUGUGCUUAGUGUCUUUUUAGAAACUGGUGGUGAACACAGAUGGCUCCAUAAGAUAACAGAUGUGCUGUACAUGGUAAAGUUUAAGGGUAGCAUCAUGGAUUUCAAAAGUUUCAACCCGAAAUGCCUUCUACCAAGCAUCCUACAUUAUUGGACUUACCUUGGAUCACUGACCACACCACCACUGCAUGAAAGUGUAAUCUGGAUCAUCCUAAAGGAGCCAAUCACUGUAUCAGAAAGGCAGCUGCAAAAAUUCCGAAUGCUUCUGUUUACUGAAGAGGAUGAGGACCAGGGGACACACAUGGAGAACAACUACAGGACUCCUCAACCCUUGAAAGACAGGGAAGUGCAUUCGUCAAAUUAA